AAUACAGCGGAACUAAAUGUUAAUUGUCCCCCAUCUGACGGAAUUUUAUAGUGGGACACCAGGCGGACGUGGAUUUGCUUUUUAAACCCCGAUGGUAGACCUCGUUGGUGGAGUUGUGUUUCUGUGUUUGUGGACUGAACUGAAGGACGAGUGUGUUGUGUCGUCACGAUAAGUAUCUGAGCUGUAGCAGCUAAGCUGAGAGUUUUCAGAGAGUUGAUCAUAGACCGACAAACUGCUACAGAAGAAAUUUUACCAGGUACAGAUCGAUCGUCAGCGCAGACUGCUGGAUAUCACCUGGAAACCCGAGAUAAAGUUACACAGGAUAGACCUUCUACAGCAACAUGUCUACACAGAGGAGGAGGGUCUCACUGAGCAGCAGCUCUAUAACCAGGAGAGGAACUCUAGUAUGGACCAGGAGGAACCAGAACCUCCACAUGUGAAAGAGGAACAGGAGAAACCAGAACCUUCACAGAUGAAAAAAGAACAGGAGGGAUCAGAACCUCUACAGAUGAAAGAGGAACAGCAGGAACCAGAACCUCCACAGAUGAAAGAGGAACAGCAGGAAUCAGAACCUCCACAGAUAACAGGGGCAUGGGACAAAACAGAACCUCCAAAGAUGAAAGAGGAACAGGAGGAACCAGAGCCUCUACAGAUGAAAGAGGAACAGCAGGAACCAGAACCUCCACAGAUGAAAGAGGAACAGCAGGAACCAGAACCUCCACAGAUAACAGGGGCAUGGGACGAAACAGAACCUCCAAAGAUGGAAGAGGAACAGGAGGAACCAGAGCCUCUACAGAUGAAAGAUGAACACGAUGAACCAGAACAUCCACAGAUGAAAGACGAACAGCAGGAACCAGAACCUCUACAGAUGAAAGAGGAACAGGAGGAACCGGAACCUCUACAAAUGAAAGCGGAACAAAAGGAACCAGAACCUACACAGAUAAAAGAUGAACAGGAGGAACUAGAACCUCCAGAUAUAAAAGAGGAAUGGGAGGAGCCAGAACAUCCUGAGAUAAAUCCAGAGAUAAAAGAGGAACAGGGGGAACCUCCAAAGAUAAAGAGGAACAGGAGGAACCAGAACCUCUGCAAUUUAAAGAGGAAUGGGAGGAACCAGAACCUCCACACAUUAAAGAGGAACAGGAGGUAG